AACUUAUUAAAUAGACAACAAUAUGGCGAAGUCGUGUGAUGUUUCGAAAAUUGAUUUGAAGAAACCUCAAUGGAGUCAGGAGACUUUCAUUGGUCGAGCAAAGCACUUUUUUGUCGUCACGAACCCGCUUAAUCUUCUGAAGUCAUCCGAAGAGCUAGAGACGGCGCGACAAAUUGUUCUGAAGCACCAGAAAGGAGAGAAGUUGCAAGGGAUUGACUCAGAAGAACUCUGGCGACAGAAGUACAUCUAUGAUUCUGCCUUUCACCCUGACACAGGGGAGAAAAUGAUGCUAAUUGGGCGUAUGUCUGCCCAGGUGCCAAUGAACAUGACUAUCACUGGACUCAUGCUCACAUUUUACAAAACGACGCCAGCUGUUGUUUUUUGGCAGUGGGUCAAUCAAAGUUUCAAUGCUGUUGUGAACUACACAAAUAGAAGUGGGGAUAAGCCGAUUGACAAUAAACAGCUUGGGCUGGCAUAUUUUGGAGCUACAGGCGGUGCUCUUGGAACAGCUUUAGGACUCAACUCUUUGGUGAAGAAUCUGCCUCCUUUAGUGGGUCGUUUGGUGCCAUUCUCAGCAGUUGCAGCGGCAAACUGCAUCAACAUUCCCAUGAUGCGAAGCAGAGAACUGUACGACGGGAUUCCAGUGUUCACUGAUUCUGGUGAGAGAAUAGGAGACUCGGUAGCUGCUGCCAAAAAGGCCAUCCCUAUCGUCACGGUCUCCAGAGUCCUGAUGGCACUUCCUGGACUCACGCUGGCGCCUGUGGUAAUGGACCAACUGGAUAGAAAAACAACCAUUCUCAAAAGGCGACCCUGGAUUGGGGCGCCUAUCCAAGUAACUCUCUGUGGGGUAUUUCUAGUCUUUGCCACGCCCCUUUGUUGCGCACUCUUUCCACAGCAAAGCUCGCUGUCUUUCAAUAAGCUGGAGCCAAAUUUGAAGGAACAAGCAAGAAGUGCAGGGUUGAAUGAAAAGUCUUUUGUCUACUUCAAUAAAGGUUUGUAAUAACCGGUCAAUUUGUGAUUUUUGGGUCAGAAAUAGAUGGUUAAAAAGAGUUCUUUUAAGCUCUGGUGAAAGUCAAGUUCAUCUCUUCUGAACUUAAAGCAAAAUUUAAUUUGCGUGGAUUCUUUAUAUCUCUAGCAGAAACUGCAAUUGAUUUGAAUUAUACUCGCAUGUCUGACCCGAAAUGUACAAAACUGCGACAGUAAAAACAUCCGGUUGUUCAAAAUUCAUUUCUC